AUGUUCAAACAAUCUGCCUUUGCAAUUUGGCGCAAAGAACAGGAGAAUAAAAAAAUAAUUUCAUUAAUCAAGGAUUUGGAUGUUAGUUUGGAUGGUGGCAUACCACUGGGUCAAAUUACAGAGUUUUGUGGUAGUUCGGGUACGGGCAAGACACAAUUAUGUUUACAAUUGUGCAUAAAUGUUCAACUACCCCAAGCAGCUGGAGGUCUGGGCGGUAAAGCAUUUUACAUCGAUACCAAUCAGGGAUUUUCACCAUUCCGUUUAAAAGAAAUCGCCGAACACAUGGAGGCCCGCUGUCAACGUAAUUCCACAAAAUGCCACAACUUCAAUCUUACAACAAUUCUCAAUAACAUCACCUAUGUUUAUUGUAAUAACUAUUGCGCUUUAAUGGCUAGCAUUUUAAAUUUACACAAUCUACUGCAAGAGGAGCACGAGGAGAUUCCCCUUAAACUAAUGGUUAUCGAUUCGUAUGCCUUUGUCCUAAGGCAAUUGGAUGAUGUUGAUUUACGGACUCGUGUCAAUUAUGAAAUAUUAACCGAUUUACACAAUCUGGCCAUGAAAUAUGGAAUAGCGAUUGUAAUUACAAAUGAACUGACCACACGCUGUCGUGAUAAUACAAAUUGGUUUGUUUGCACAGCCCUGGGUGAUACACAUACACACAAGAUAAAUACACGCUUAUUGUUGAGCAAGGAUUCAAAUGAGAUGGAGGACUGUGCCGCCGAUCAAAAUUAUCACAUCGUUAUGAUUGAAAAAUCGGUAGUGUGCAAACGAAUGGCUUUUCGUUUUAAGAUAAAACCAAGUGGUAUACACAGCAUAACAACACGCCAGACAUAA